CUCUGAAUAAAGCGGCAUGGAUACCGUCCAGAGAAUGUCCCACCGGGCGAGCUGCAUCUCUUUGCCAUAGCCGCUUUGCCAUAGCCGCAUGGAACGGCAAUUCGGACCUCGUGCACGCUCUUCGACCGGAUCAUGCGGCGUCGGAUGCCAUAGUUACUAGAAGACUCCCAUCUUCCGGACGGCGCAUGCGCCAAGUCGAGGGCUCCCUCGCACCGCAGUAAGCAUGAUACUUCAGCUUGUUCACGAAGCCGCAACUACAGAUCGGUCCUCCCGGUAUACUUUCAUGUAUAAGUCUCAUGCGCUAGCAAAGGGAGGGGGCUUAGUGGUCCAAUCGCCCCACUGUCAGCGAUGCAUGCUGACGGUCUCAUUCUCUCUGUCUUGCUUCAAUUCUCCAAUUCAGUCGCCGCUUGCUCUUUCCUUUUCAACGUCAAAGCAUUUCUCAUAAUGCUUUGCAUUUCCUCGCGACCAAUAACUCUCCCCAAUUUCAUCUCUCGUCUCCGGGAUCAAGCCAUUGAAACGGCCGAAAGAGAGGCGUUGCAGGCCUGGGGCACGACUGCCGUCGAUGCCUGCCUCAGCACGUCUAGCAUACCGCAGUUGGCAUGGGAGGCUGCCCGUCUCUCGGAAGUGCUGGUCCCCAAUGGGUGGAUCAAGCUGCUGCGAAAUCUCGUCAACGCGAUCAUUGUCGGCAGCACAGAUGGCACUUCGCUUUCUCCGGUUCUUCUACGAUCGCUGGCGUUCAUGAUUCGACAGCGAGAGGGCCAGUGGUCGCCGGAGAGCACGGAGAUUCUGGGAGCCCUGUUCUCAAGCCUGAAAGUGCGAUUGGAGCAAGCAGAUAGACUGGGUGGAUCGGUGGAUCGGAAAUGUGAACUGGUCUGCGUGCUAGGGGUGGUGAUCGACGCCAUGGUCGACAUCGGCGUGUCGGAUAUCAGCCACGAACGAUUAUACAAGCCGUUGAUUGCCCUGCUCGAUGGCUUCAGUCACGAUCGUGACCUUCAUGUGGCCCAGGCUGCCGCCUACACCGGACAAGCCUUGCGGGGGAUCCAGGAUGAUGAUACUGUCGGCAAAGCAUCCUUGCGGGGGCUGCUGCGGGCCAUCGACCUCGCAAUGACCGUUCCGGCGCGCAAAAUCUGGGAGGCAGUCAAGUCUGGCAUAGAUGGAGCUUCGCGACUCCGAGACUUCACCUGGGACAUGUUCAAGAAGCGGACGGGGAAGUCUUGGUAUACCGCCCUACGAGCGACCAGUAUCCUCAUACACACCCGGUCCUGGGAUGAGCUGAGCAAUUUCAUCCAACAGGCAGAAUGUAGAGCCAACAAGGACUUUCUUUGCGGCUUGUAUGCCCAACUGGAUCUCAUCAGCCAGCUUGUCCCUCCGGAUCAGAUACAACACAUCUAUAAGAGCAUUCCCGAAAGCAAGUAUGACCGUGUUCAAGCCUGGAAAAUGCACACUGUUUGUGCGAUCAAGGAACAAACCACCCCCCCUGAGCUAAAACUAGCCAGUACACUUAAGAGAACGAAAAUAUACGAUUGGUCACUCAAAUCCUGCGGAUGGGAGGACGUCAGAGAUGACCUUUCUGAUAACGGCAGCGCCCUCCUCGAUAAUUCCUACCGGAAAUGCAUGCCGGCUCGAGAAUAUUACACCAUGGAUGCUUUGUUGGAGUUUUACUCUCAGGACGAUGAUAAAAGACUGCAGAUCCAGCGUCUAUCUGGGGCUAGACUCCCUAUGAAUCACUGUUACAUCAACCUCAACGUCGUGGACUCCGAUCAAGGCGAUGAGGUGCCGCUGGAAAGCCUGUUUGACUAUAGGGAACAAGGUGGCAGGAAUAUUCGGCCGAAAAAGAUUUUCAUUGAAGGACAGGCAGGUGUUGGCAAAACAACGCUUUGCAAGAAAGUCGUUCACGAUUUCCUGUAUCGAAAUCUGUGGUCCGAUUGCUUCGACUGGAUUUUGUGGCUGCCACUGCGACAUCUCAAGGGCAAACAUACCGAUUCUUAUUCCAUUAAAGACCUAUUCCACCACGAGUACUUCUCCCAGCACCAUGAUUCGGAGCUCUUGGCAGACACCUUGGGUUCAAUCGUAGCCCGGAAUAGCGCUCGGGUGCUCUGGCUGUUGGAUGGCCUAGAUGAAAUCUCCCAAGACUGGGAUGCCGAUUCACCUAUGGGCCGCUUUUUGCAAACUCUGCUCAAGCAGCCUCAAACCAUUAUCAGUUCACGUCCAUACUCAACUAGAAAGCUAAACAUGGCAAAGCAGGACUUGAAGCUGCAAACGGUGGGCUUUCACGCUGAGCAAAUUGAAAAGUACAUACGAGCCAAAGGAAUCCACCCAGACCCUGAAACAGCGGACAAGAUCUGGGAGUUCAUUGACGAGCAUUCGCGAAUUAGGGGAAUUGCACAGAUCCCGAUUCAAUUCGAUGCUCUCUGCUACACUUGGAAAGAGCCUUUGGGUAAUAGCAAUACAGCCAGGACUAUGACUACCAUCUACCAGGCGAUCUGCGUGGAGCUACUACGGAAGGACCUGUGGCGUAGGGAGAAAAGAAUCGACGGCAGAACCCUGACAGAACAACAGACGGAAGAGUUGUCAGAGUUUGAGGUGCAGCUACACAUGCAGGAGGAAAUCAACCUCCUCGAGGCGCUGGCCUUCCAUGGCCUAGUCACCAAGAUCAUUGAUUUUGAUGCUCCAGUACGAAGUCAGAUCUAUCAACAUCUCCUGAACGGCAAUGUACUUGUUCCGAGGCUACACGAGAGCACAAUCAAAGAGAUAAGCUUUCUUCGUUCUUCAGAUGCCACCGACAAUGCCCAGCAAAGCUUUCACUUUUUACACUUGACAGUUCAAGAGUUCUUCGCUGCCCGAUUUUUCGCGAAACACUGGACCAGCCAAGCCACAAUACAUAGCUUGACACUGAAUGGCCGCACAGACACUGAUAUUCCACCCCAAGUCUUUAUGGCAAGAGAGAAAUACAACGUUCGCUAUGAGGUUUUCUGGAGGUUUGUGGCCGGAUUUCUGGGUGUCGGAUACAACCACCAAAAGCAAAGCGAGGAGCAUACGGCCGCAUUCCUUGAGGCCAUGGAAAACAAACCCCGAGAUAUGUUGGGCCCCAUGCAUAGCAAGCUCAUGAUGCGCUUGUGGAGCGAAGUACCUGCAUCGAACAAUAUUGCUAGGCUGAGAUCUCUGCGUCAGAGUCACUACCAACGGCUCGCCCGGUGGAGCUCUUUCGAGGUCACAGCUUAUGAUAAAGGGGAGCUUGCAGGGGAGGCAGAAUAUCCGGAUGCAGUUCUAUAUUCUCUCUUGAAAGACCGAAGUUCUGACGUCAGACGACAUGUUCUGAAUGUCAUUGCUCAGCGCAGAGUCUCGACAAGUGUCACUGACUUGAUAGCCUCCUGGGUAGACCAAGUCUCCGACGAUGAACUGAAUCCGGCUCACGAGAUUCUUCUUGUGCACCUGCAUGAUGAAUCAAAAGUGGAGGAGUCCGACUUUAGAGGCGUCCAGGUACCGGCCUUACCACAGGAUCUUCUGAGAGCAAUUUUAGAUUGUCUGCAUUAUGGACCAGCUGGUUUGAAGGUGGCAGCACUGGAAAUUCUGUCUGAACAGCCACCUUCAUCUCUGCAAGCCUAUGUCGAUACCAUUGCCCAUGGACUUUCAGACCCGGAGUCAGAGGACGUGACAUCCAAAUCUCUCAAGAUACUGGAACGUUUGGAUCUGUCACUUGAGAUCUUACAGUCCAUGACCUAUCUUGUUUACAAACAAAUCGGUUCUUACCCGUCGCCAUUCGACAUUGUAAAGAAAUCAUUAUGCCGCCAUUCGCUGGUGUCUCCAAGUAUUCUAGGCUAUGUCUGUUCUUUACUAGACCACAGAAGCUUCAUCGUGCGAAAAUUGGCUGUCCGGGUUCUGGCCCAGCAUCCUCUCUUGCCACCCAGUACAGCGGACUGGCUUGACCAAGAAGUGCACCUCGGUGAUUGUCUGGUAAAGGAUCUACGAACUACGGUCUGGCAGCAGCUCUUACCAUCUCAAAACAUUCGAGAGGACAUUGUACGAAGGUUGAAGCAUAUCGAUCCCGCAGUGCAAGGAGUAGCUGCCUUGAUUCUCGGCGGUCGAUCAGAUUUAUCUAAGCCAACAUUUGAAGCGGUGGCCGAGUUGUUGAACGACACAAAGUGGUCUGUUCGAGAAGCAGCCGCCAAAGCUCUACGUGGUCAAUCGGAACUUCCACACCAUGUGCUAGAUCAGAUGGCGGGCUUGCUAGAGGAUCAUCAUCCACUAGUUAUAUAUCAGGCAAUCAAAACCUUGACAAAGUACCCAGAUGAUGAGCUAAAGUAUCUCGAUGAUGUGGUACUCAGUCUGGAAGACCCAGAUCUCUCUGUGGCUUACAAAGCAUCCGAGGCCAUCAGGAAGCACCCAAAAGUCCCGCGCGAGUUGCUUUAUCAUCUGUUUGCUCAGAUGAUCGAUCCGCAAGAUCACCAUACGUCAAGGUUCGAACCAAUAUUCCGGAACGCUCUCAGGCGAGGUCUGCCUCCAGAUUUGGGCAAUAGACUCCUAGAUCUAGUGGAAUCGGCGGAUAUAGAAGAAGGAGAAGGGGAAGGAGACGUUGAGCACAUCUUGGAUCUUCUCGGAGCACAACCAUUCCUGCCUCCUGAAAAGCUCCUCCAGCUCAGUGAAAGAUUUGUGACGAGUGAUGACCGGAUCGCUAGUGCGGUGGUCAAGAUUCUCGUGACUCAAGCCCACUUGCCGCCGCCUCUUAUCCUUGCGCUCACGCGAUUCCUCGAUCGUGCUGACAAAACGCUGGUCCUCGAUGUCACAUUAUGGCUGCUGGGACAGUCCGAGCUGCCCCUCGAGGCUCUCGCCCUCAUGGCAGGAAUGCUUCCCACCGUUCCACUACCGGGAUUCGCGGCGGACGUCUUGUCAAGACAGCCUCCCUUGCCGAGCGAGAUCAUGAACCUCGCACUCUCCGCGUUUCGCCUGGCAACAGACGAACGCUACGCCGAGACCCACGAGGUGCUCGAGCGCAAUGACGCAUUCUACCGCAUGCUUCCCCAGCUACCUGUGCAUGACCUCCAGCGGCUGUGUCGGAUCUGGCUGCGGCGGAGCUUCGGCGAACGAGUGAAUUUCUACUUUCGUGACGAAUUCCUCGUGGUUGACACCCCGGAUUUUCAGGGCGCGAUCCCGAUGCCGCUGUAUCAGCGGAUCAAGCUGCGGUUGAUCUUCCGGCUCACCGUGGUGGCAUGUGGGCAUUAUGGUAGACCUGAUUGUAUGAUUUUCGGGUCUGUGGUUCGUUCUCGAGCGUCUGCCGACAACUACAUGGCAUGCACGUCGCGCUCCCGAGCGCGUGGAGAUGCUCCAAUCUGUUGUUUAGUUCAGCAGCAGCACGUGAUGUACACAGACGGUCUGGUUACUAACUAA